GCGCACUCGAUCGGUCUCGGAUUCGCGCGCGUUUCAUCAAAGAUCAGCCCUGGCACGUGGUUUGUAGCGUUAACGCUGUAAUCGUUCACAGUGAUUUGCGUGUCUGUUUUGCUUAUUUUGGGUGUCGUUAAGAGGCACGCUCAGAAGUGUGAUCGCGUACUUUCUGGUGGCGUUAUUCAACAUUUUGAUGCAGUGUAAACGGUUCCGAACAACCAAAGAAACAAUUAUCGCUUCCAGUGAAAGUAAUGUAUCUGUUAUCAAAUCGGAAGCCCAAGUUUGAGAAUUGCAGUUUCAUCCAGCUGACCGAAGAUAGAAUUGGUGUGCGAGGGGGACGACCUUGUCUUACGCCGGUUGCACCAGACCACUGACCAUCGCAUUGUUAAUGCUGACGUGAAGAAUAACGCUGGUUACGCCACUGGUGUUUGGCUGUUCAACCUCGCGGAAGAAGUGACGCUUGAGUGAGGCGCUGUGAGAUACAUGUGUCCGCAUUGCAAUAACGGUGCUGUGUGUUUGGGAAUCGACGGAUUGGCGGAUCUGUAGCAACAUUUAAGGGUUAAAGAUUAAUCGCUGAUCUAGGCCGCUGAUUGCAAUAUUUUCGAGUGUGUGUGUGUUGUGAUUGAUUUCGAUAAAACACAAAAUGGUCAUCAAAAAAGUAAUCCCGGACAAAGCGUUCAUUGAAAGCCAUGUCAUCUCAAAUAGGUUUUCCCCGCUAUCAAGACAGAUAAUAGCGGCAACGGGACCCAUCAUCUCAAGCGCUGCGGCCGGCAUGACGAACGGCUUCUCGGCGAUUCUACUGCCGCAACUACAGAAGCCGGAAAGUUCAAUACAGAUUACUAACGACCAGUCAUCUUGGAUUGCCUCGAUGGCCCCCCUACCGAUGGCGGCCGGUUGUCUAUUGGGGGGACUGCUCAUGGACAAGUUUGGUCGAAAAGUAACGCAUCUGAUACUAAAUAUAUCGUUCGCCGUGGGAUUUUGCGUUUUAUCGGUAGCGCAAAGCUAUGAUAUGAUUCUAGUUGGACGUUUCAUCACCGGAUUUAGUUGUGGACUAGUAGGCCCUCCGGCAUCCGUGUAUAUAGCGGAAACAAGUAACCCGAAGUAUCGCGGAAUUUUGCUGGCUGGUGUUACAUUUGCCGUUUCGUCCGGAAUUUUACUUUCCCAUUUGUUCGGAACGUUUUUCCAUUGGAAAAUGGCUGCUUUAUAUUGUUCGUUUUUCAUGGCUGUUAGUUACAUAUUUGUUGCAUUAUGUCCAGAAAGUCCUUGUUGGUUGCUGUCGAAGGGACAGCGGCAGGAGGCUGAAAUCGCAUUUCGAUGGCUUCGAGGUUAUGAUGCAGAAUCUACGAGGGAGCUUGACGAUAUGUUGGCCAAGAGUACUGGAUCAAAAGAACCUGGAAAAGCGCAAGAAAAGCAACCUUCAAGCUUGGAAAGUAUUCUGAAAAAAGAAUUCAUCAUCCCUCUAGUAACGUUAUUGGUGUUCUUUUUUACGAUGCAAUUCUCCGGAGUCAAUAUCGUCGCAUUUUAUUCAGUCUCACUUAUGAAAACCACAAUAGGUAGCAACAUCAACGAAUACCUUGCUAUGUUGAUAGUUGAUCUCGUCAGAGUAAUAACCUCUUUGUUCGCGUGUGUAUUGCUUCGAAUCUUCGGUCGUCGACCGUUAGCUGUGCUUAGCGGUUCAGGGACUACGAUCAGUUUGAUAGGUUUAUCGAUUUUCCUGUACUUCCAAACCAGCAUUCCGGUGUAUCAGAACUAUUCGUGGAUGUCGCUCAUAUUUCUGAUCAGCUAUAUCAUCUUCGUUGGAAUUGGAUUAUUUCCGCUGCCAUGGUGUAUGAGUGGAGAAAUGUUUCCCAUCGCUACCAGAGGAAUCGGAUCCGGGUUGACGUCUUCGUUCAACUUUGUUUGUUUCUUCGUGGUGAUAAAAACUGGACCGUCACUGUUAGAUUCCUUCGGUACCAAUGGAACGUUCAUGGUUUACGGUGUAAUUUCCCUAAUUGGAACGUUGCUUUUGUAUAUGAUUUUACCGGAGACAAAAAAUCGAACCUUGCAAGAGAUAGAGGACUCGUUCAAAGCUGGAUGGAAUCCAUCUAAAAAAGCUCAACGAGAAAGUGAUAAGGUGUGACGAAUUUAUUUUGCGACGUGAUAGAUUUUAUUUAGCUAGUAGAUUAUUAGAAAUGCAUCUCGUGAAGUCAUUCGCACAGUUUUGCUAUUUUUAAACUAUGUUGUUUUUUAUAUUUUUUGAGCAAUUUUUUAUUGUACUUUAGCGUUCGAGUUCACUCACAGUCUCCCUAAUAAGCAAACUUGUCAUGUAAAAAAAAAAAUAGGUUUAGUAUUUUAGUAUUUUAGAUUAGUUUUAUAACAAAUUGUUACUAUUGUAGUAAACUAUUUUUUUUUAAUAAAAGUGGCUCGAAUAUGCUGAUAGUUAAAAAAACGCUGAUAUGAUAAUCAUCAUUUUCAUAUGUCUAGGCAAUACUGACAAUUGAAGUUUAUUUUUAUUAAUAACGAAACCCUCUUACCAAAAUCAUUUUUUUCCAGCAAAGAAUAUACAAUGUCUUGAAAGUUAACUGCUCUCAAUUUCGUUCCAUUGCACAAUGGUCCAGAAACCGAAUUCAGGGGGAAA